AACGGAAGUAGUUAUAGCAAGGUCGUCGGUGAAGUAGUAUUGAGGACGAAUCUAUCGCGAUCACAGAGAAGAAAGUUCGAGUGAAUGGUCUGUAUUUUAAUAUUUGAGCUGGAGUUAUUACAUAUCAAUAUAUGUAUUGAGAGAGCCAGUACACUGCGCAGCAACAGCUACUUGACUAACAAUAGCAACAAGAGAGUGGUCAAGACAAGAGUUAUUCCAUUGUAGUUAGUAUUCCACUGUACCAGACCAAACCAGACCAUAGUGUAUCAUAUACCAAAGUAUAGCAUACCAUCAAAACAGACCAUACCAUAUAUACAAGGACACAGCAGAGAAUAGCCUUGAAGCAGGAAACAAUGGCAGAUAGUAUGAACAAUUUGGGAGGCACUACCUCUGUGACAUCACAACUGGAUGGACUUGAUAUGCAGGCGUCAGGCUGGCAUCACAGUGUGCCUGAGUCAAUGCCAUGGAUGACUAAACAAACAACAGGAUUUAAUAAUUCUCAUAUCCCACUACAAAAUUCAGCAACUUCACCUAUAACUAAUGUGUUUAAAAGAAAAUCAAGAUCACCAUUGAAAAGACAAAGGUCACCAGUUAUUGGGGAUAGUUCAUAUGAACCAAGUGAGAAACAGUACAUUUCAGAAGAAAGAAUGGCUGCAGAGUUGCAGCAACUGUCCAUCAGUAAUGACCAUUCGUACAGCCAGGAAGAGGUCCUUCAUCCCAAACCAUAUGUGAAGAAAGGAAAAGAAACCUUUUCAGAAAUAGAAAAAAGACUUCAGGAUGAGAGUGAUGAUGAGAUGGUGCAGACUUCUUCAGUUGAUGAAGAUUUUGUUAUUGAAUUGACACCGGAGUUAAAGAAUUUAAUAAAAUCUAAGCCAUCCGAGUUACCAGAUAGUGUUUUCCGAAAAGCCAUUCAGCCUUGUAAUGCCUUGGUGUUAUGGCAACCUCUCGGUGUGUUGCUUGACAACACAGUGAAAUCAACAUCAUCUAGUGACUCACCAGAAACAGACAGUUCUGACAACUCCAGUGAUUCAUUUACUGAAAAUAUUCGAUAUGACGAUGCUAGUUUUGACAGCAGCGUGGUGAAUCUGACUGCCGAUUGUAAAUCAGACCCUAACCCUGCAAUAAUGAAUACACCAAUAGACACUAUGAGUACAGAAUCUGAAUGUGUAGUAGAGACUAUGACGCCUGAAGAAAGUUUUUUUCAUGCCAUGGACAAUAAUAAUAUGCCAGGUGCUAUUGACAUCAAUGCUAUUUACGCGGCACGUCCGAUAAUUAACGCAAAUCGUCGACGGAGAGUGAGGAGGGUUCAACAACCUCAAAGUGCUGUUGGGAAAGUCGUCUUUGACAAUACAAAUGAUGAUAUGGAUCUUUGA